AUGGCACUGCAAGAGCGUAAGCUUCCCUUUGGGAAGAUCGAGCCUAAUUCAUUCAAAUACUUCUACAGCUGUGGACUCGGUGGUAUUAUCGCUUGUGGACCUACCCACACAGCUGUAACACCUCUCGACCUUGUCAAAUGCCGACGCCAAGUCGAUCCCAAGAUCUACACCUCCAACCUACAAGCAUGGCGCUCAAUCUUCUCGAAGGAAGGUCUCCGCGGCGUCUUCUUCGGCUGGUCCCCAACAUUCCUGGGGUAUUCAUUCCAAGGCGCCGGCAAGUAUGGUUUAUACGAGUACUUCAAGUACCUCUACGGCGACCAGAUGUUCCCCCAGACAAACCGCACCCUCGUCUUCCUGGGCGCCAGUGCCUCUGCGGAGUUCUUUGCUGAUAUGGCACUUUGUCCGAUGGAGGCUAUCAAGGUUCGCAUGCAGACGACGCUGCCACCGUACGCUUCGAAUCUCCGUGAGGGGUGGGGUAAGAUCGUUGCGAAGGAGGGUCUUGGUGGUUUGUAUAAGGGGUUGUAUCCGCUGUGGGCGAGGCAAAUUCCUUAUACUAUGACUAAGUUUGCGACCUUUGAGGAGACUGUUAGACUGAUUUAUCGCACGAUGGGGAAGCCUAAGGAGGAGUAUGGUCAGUUGACGCAGACUGGGGUUAGUUUCUUGGGUGGUUAUAUUGCUGGUAUCUUCUGUGCUAUUGUUAGCCAUCCCGCUGAUGUGAUGGUUAGCAAGUUGAAUGCUGAUCGGAAGGCUGGUGAGGGUGCCAUGACUGCUGUGUCCAGAAUCUAUGGUAACAUUGGAUUUGCUGGCCUGUGGAAUGGUCUGCCUGUCCGUAUUGUGAUGCUGGGUACAUUGACUGGCUUCCAAUGGCUCAUUUACGACUCAUUCAAGGUGUUCCUGGGUUUGCCCACCACUGGUGGCCACUAG